GAGACAAGCUCCUGCCGGUGGAUGUGACUCCCCCUGUCUCUCGUUCGUUUGUCUAUGGGAGUGCAUCAAGGCUGGGGACUCCGAUUCAUACAAACUCCCAUUCCCUCUCUCUCCGCUGGGCUCGACUGGUCUACUGCUACCCGAGAGGCACAUCCUUACGCCGGUUAUACACCUUUACCUGGCUCAAAGUGGACUCGAAGAUCAUUAUGCUGUAGUGGAAUAUAAUAGCGUUCUGACGGUCGGUGUGAAAAUGCCGUCGGAGGAGUAGAAGGCUGAAUAUUCACCUCCGUUCUCACUGCCCCCGCUCUACCGCUGCCAAGCUUGUUGCUUUGCGAAGAGGCCUAAAAACACAAAAUGUCGACCAGAACGCCAUUGCCCACUGUGAACGAGCGCGAUACCGAAAAUCACACGUCAGUCGAUGGCUACCCAGAGCCGCCCCUCGCUCCGCCCACCAAGUCCAGCAGCCGGCAGAGCCUCCCUCGGUGCCGGAACUCCAUCGCCUCGGCCAGCGACGAGCACCCGCACGUGGGAAACUACCGCCUGCUCAAGACCAUCGGCAAGGGCAACUUCGCCAAGGUCAAGCUGGCCCGACACGUGCUCACUGGGCGAGAGGUUGCUGUGAAGAUAAUAGACAAAACGCAGCUGAACCCUACCAGCCUCCAGAAGCUCUUUCGGGAGGUGAGGAUAAUGAAGAUCUUGAAUCAUCCUAAUAUAGUUAAAUUAUUCGAGGUGAUUGAAACGGAGAAGACGCUUUAUUUAAUAAUGGAGUACGCCAGCGGAGGUGAGGUGUUCGACUACCUGGUGGCUCAUGGGAGGAUGAAAGAGAAAGAGGCCAGAGCGAAGUUUCGGCAGAUCGUGUCGGCGGUGCAGUAUUGCCAUCAGAAACAGAUAGUGCACAGGGAUCUGAAGGCGGAGAACCUGCUGCUGGACGCGGACAUGAACAUCAAGAUCGCCGACUUCGGCUUCAGCAACGAGUUCACCAUCGGGAGCAAGCUGGACACGUUCUGCGGGAGCCCCCCCUACGCGGCCCCCGAGCUCUUCCAGGGAAAGAAGUACGACGGGCCCGAGGUGGACGUGUGGAGCCUGGGGGUCAUCCUCUACACGCUGGUCAGCGGCUCGCUGCCCUUCGACGGGCAGAACCUGAAGGAGCUGAGAGAGAGGGUCCUCCGAGGGAAGUACCGGAUCCCCUUCUACAUGUCCACAGACUGUGAAAACCUACUGAAGAAGCUGUUAGUGCUCAACCCAGUGAAACGAGGAAGCUUGGAGCAAAUAAUGAAAGAUCGAUGGAUGAAUGUAGGCCACGAGGAGGAGGAACUGAAGCCGUACAUCGAACCCGAGCCAGAUUUCAGCGACAACAAGAGAAUAGAGCUGAUGGUCACGAUGGGAUUCCCGAAGGACGAGAUCACGGAGUCGUUAGUGGGUCAGAAGUUCGACGAGGUCAUGGCCACUUAUCUUCUGCUGGGCAGAAAGCCUCCCGAUUUUGAAGGGAGCGAGUCCCUGUCCAGCAGCAACCUGUGUCAGAGGUCACGACCCAGCAGCGACCUCAACAACAGCUCCACGCAAUCCCCCGCCCACUCCAAGGUCCAGCGAAGCAUUUCAGCCAAUCAGAAGCAGCGGCGAUUCAGCGACCACGUGGGGCCCAGCAUUCCCCCGGCCGUGUCCUACACCAAGCGGGCGCAGGCCAACAGCGUGGAGGGGGAGAAGAAGGAGGACUGGGACAGCUCCCGCAAGCUGGGCACCUCCAGCUCCAAGGGGGACAUGCCCGCCUCCCCGCUGGUGGUUUCGGAGAGGAAGAAACCGUCCACAGGCUCAGGGAACAGUGCUCUCCCAGGAGGGGGAAUGACCCGCAGGAACACGUAUGUGUGUGAACGCUCCAGCACUGACCGCUACAGCGCCAUCCCCAACGGCAAGGACAGCAGUCUGACGGAGGUGUCUACGGGCACCGGCAGCACCCCCUCAUCUUCGGGGGCCACGCCCACCGCCCCCUCCACCCGCCCCCGCCACGUGAAGUCCAUGUCCGCCUCAGGACACCCCUCCAAAUCCACACUCCCGCCCAUCGAGGACAACAGCGAGUACAGACCCAGCUCGGCUCCCCGUGCCCCGGCCGCGUCCCCCUCGGCCCACAGCAUCAGCAGCACCACGCCCGACCGCACCCGCUUCCCCCGCGGCAGCUCCAGCCGCAGCACCUUCCACGGAGCGCAGCUCAGAGACCGCCGCAGCGCCACCUACAACGGGCCCCCCGCCUCGCCCACCCUGUCCCACGACACGGGCGCCCUCGCCCAGGCCCGCCGGGGCACCUCCACCGGCAUCAUCAGCAAGAUCACGUCCAGGUUCGUCCGCAGGGUCCCGAGCGAGGGCGAGGCCAGUGGCAGAACGGACACACCCAGAAGCGCCUCAGGUGAGCCCAAGGAGGAGAGCAAGGACUCCAAACCCCGCUCCCUGCGCUUCACCUGGUCCAUGAAGACCACCAGCUCCAUGGAGCCGGGCGACAUGAUGCGCGAGAUCCGCAAGGUGCUGGACGCCAACAACUGCGACUACGAGCAGCGGGAGCGCUUCCUGCUCUUCUGCGUCCACGGCGACGCCCGGCAAGACAACCUGGUCCAAUGGGAGAUGGAGGUGUGCAAGCUGCCCCGCCUCUCGCUCAACGGCGUCCGCUUCAAGAGGAUAUCGGGCACGUCCAUCGCCUUCAAGAACAUUGCGUCCAAAAUCGCCAACGAGCUGAAGCUGUGAAAGGAAGCCCCCCCCCCCC